CUCCACCUUUACACUGCAGAACAACGCAAGCUCUCUGCCUCAGUCGCAAGGCCGCACACAAUCACCAUGGCUUCUAACGAAGAAUGCCAUGUGGUUCUCCUUCCAACAAACCCAGUUUCAACAUCUAUAUUAUCAGAGUCUAAAAGUGAGGAUUUGAAUAGGAUGCCGGCCAUAAAGAGACAUCAUGAUGGAGCGGAGAAGGAGAAGGAUGCUAGUACUUCACCUUUUAUGCCCAUGUUUGAGGGCUUUCGUGAUGAGCUGGAUGAACAUCAUGAUCGGAGGGAGCGUGUUAUAAAGGCUUCGCGGGAUAUUACUGCUGCGAGUAAGAAAAUGUGAGGAUCUUCAACUCAAAAGAGUCAAAAAUUAAUUAAAGCUGACUAUUCAAAUAGUAUUUUUGCACUCCAGAGGUAGUCAAACCCCCACGUGCUUUCAUUCCAUGUACAGGGUGAAAUCUGACGUGUACUAGAGUACGCUCACUAAAAGCCGACCUCCCACCAAAAAUAUCCUCAGAAGUCCAAGAACGUGCCACUACCAUGAAAGCACAGUUCGACACUAUAGCACCUGAUCUGGUCGGGAUCAACGCCUGGAGAUACCAACGACAAAUCUCGGGCGGAAUCCAAGAAUACAUGGAAGCCAUCUCAUUCCAACACUACCUGCGCCAUCAAACCCUCAUUACCCUCCCGGAAGCCUCUUCCUCGCUCCCAAGCGCCAUAGAUUUGACUGGCGACGAUUACGUCCUAGGAAUCUUCGACCUUGUGGGAGAGUUGAUGCGUUUUGCCAUCACGACUAUUGCUACGACCGGCUCAUUACCAUCUUCUAAAAACGGGAGCGAGGGAGAAAGAGAUGUCCUGCAGGAUCUUAGGGGUUUGAGAGCGUGCUUUGAGAGUCUGGAUACUAGUUCCUGUAAAGGCACGGGGUUGGGAAAGGAUGUGGAGAAGAAGAUGGAGGUUAUGAAGACUUGUGUGGGGAAGGUUGAGACGGCGGUUUAUGGGAUGAUUGUUAGGGGGAGGGAGAGACCAAAGGGGUGGGUUCCUGAUGAUAGGGCGGCUCAGGUUGAGAGUUAUUGAGCUGAGAAUGCUUAUUGAUUUGGGGUGGGCGUGGGGUAUAGGUCAGUGGGGAGGGAGAGCCUGGUGUGCUCAAGGAAAGCGAACCAAAAACACUCGCUGCUCACUUAUCUGGUGUCCAGCUUUGUGUCUUGGAACCAAAAAAACACUCGCUGCUCAAUACUUGCGUGGCUUCUAGAGGUGCGUCAAGGAAACUCCAAAGCACUCGUUUCUCAUCCUGCAUACGAAUUACUGCCUUGAUGAUGCUGGAUGCUGGCUAUGGCUUGGUGAUGAGGAUUUGUCUCUCAUCUAGAGAGAUAAAAAAUAAGAAAUAAG